AUGGCAGUGGAACCAAAACACGUGAAAGACAUGAGAUAUCCAGAGAUGUCGUGCUUUUUGAAUGAAUCGGAAAGCGAUGUCGUCUUCAUAAUCGAUGGCCAAAGAGUUCCCGCUUUGAGACAAGUAUUGGGUCUCAAGAGUGAAGUCUUUAGAGCAAUGUUUUCGGGAAAUUUCAAAGAAUCGGAAGAGAAAGAGAUCCCAAUUGAGGACAUGAAUGCCGAAGCGUUCAAAUUGAGAACUUGUGUCGAGACGUUUAUCGCUAAGAAUUUGGAUCAAUUGUUGGCCAAAAAUGCCGAAGAGUUGGCGCCAUUGAAUGAGGCGACCAAUGAUUUCUGUUUCAAGACAAUGGUUGCGAGUCUUAAGGCAAUGACCAUUACUUAUGAGAAGUACCGAAAUGCGGAACAGUAUUUCAAAAACAAGAUACCCAGCAAUGGGACCAAAACUGAAUUCUUGAAACUCAAGGACUGUAUCGAUACGGACGAGGCGUUGGAGAAAUUCCCGACUCGAAGGGCAGAGUUUGUCAACGACAAGGAUAUGAAGACAUUUCUCAGCAAAUAUUGGUUUGAUAUAUACAAACCUGUGUUCGGCUUUACCUUUCAGUUUAUGUCCAACUCUUGCGGAAGUCUGGAUGUGUUGAACGAAUGCACUGAAGUGUACGACGACUCACAGAUCUUCUACGCGUGUCUCUACGGAAGCGAUACCAAUAACGCAUCACUGACUUCGAUGGCCGCCAAAUACAACGACUCCCGACUCAUGCUUAUCAUGUCGUCGGCCCUAAACUCUCGGGCGAAGACUUACUGCGAUUCUAAGUGGAAACACAGAGAAUCUCAUUCAUCCAAAGAGGGCUUCUUCUCCGGCGUAUCGUUUCGUUUACCGCAACCGGAGAUAGAGAGCAAUGACACCGACAGUGGUUAUGACAAUACCACUGCUGUUUAUCCAAUGAACGGAACCGCUUGGGAUAAUGGGACCGCAAUUUCUUAUUAUGACGAUAAGAUCACUUAUCAGGUCUUCACAGCGCAGUCGAUGGCAAAUGCAGACACUGUUGAUCUGUUGGGCUAUAAAUUUUCCAAAGUAUAUGACAGUAAUCUUACGGACGAUUAUCACAACGCUUUCAAUCAUUAUUUACCGAAAGAUAAUGUCUAUUAUGUGUUCCGUUAUUUGAACCGCACGUGGAGUUGUGGCCAGAAUUGCGGUCCAAAUACUCCUUUAAGUCUUAUAUUUUUAGAGUCCAAUUUAGCGACAACUUUAGCCUCCCAAUUGUUUGGUACAAAUCAGACGCUAAAGACUCUAUUCGGUUGCGGACGCUAUCAAUACGACUCCUUUCCUUUAUUCAAACCAAACGACUUCUCGCCUUGGCUAGUUUCUGAACUCUCACAGAAGCCUAAUCCUUUACUAGAGAUGAAAGUUUUAUUGCGGUUUAAGACCUUCACCAGACUGCAAUCCUUCAAAAGUGGUGCCAAUCCUAACAUUACUUCGGAACCCAUUUCCUUUGACUCCGAUUUCACUUCAAUUGUCAGCAAAUUUAAUAUUGACACGACUAAACCUGUGAUGGGAUUCACAUUCAAACUCUAUACUAAAUCCAAGAAAUGUCUGGCAAAUGAUGACACAAUUCGGUGUCAACUCUUCUCGAGUCCACACUAUUAUAGGGCCUGUAUUUACGGCGAAGUCAUAACCAAUCACACAAUCGGCAAAUUAGAGGACACUUAUGAAAGAAAAGCAUUUGCCUUUCAAUACACGCCUUCGGGUCUGAAUGAGUUCCCAGACAUGGAUUCCCGUCCGCAGACAUUCAAAGAAACGCAACUCAUUUUAAUCAAUUCUAUUAUAUACAGGUAG